AGAAUUAAUACAUGUGGUGAUUAAUUACCUGUUUUCAAUGGGUUGUUAGUGAGAUUGAAUUUGAAAUGCGUCCAAUUGUUUUGUGAUCCCUGCAAAUAGAACAAGAGAGCAACCUAACAACAGAAGCCAAGAGAGGGUUGUUCUGGAACUCGUUUAAAGGAAGAAGAGAACUCCUGAGCAAGUGACGUAUAGAAAACAAUGGCAAUGGAGUUACCUGGACUUAGCUCAUUAUCUCCAAGGAUGCCAUCACCAUCGCCCGAUAAAAAGGUGUUGUUAACUUCCUCAUUCUUGGGUAGUAAAGUGGGCGCCGGGCAGCCCAACAGCGUCAUAUCAGGUGUUCAGUUACGGAAGUUGAACAUUCCCACGAAAAGAUGUGCCACAAUUACGAAACGAUUCUCGGUUAAUUCUAUUCUUGCAGAUGUUGCCAAAGAUUUCAUGAGUUACCAGGCACCAGUACUUGCUAAACAGGAAGCAGACCCCAAGACUGUGGCCUCCAUCAUAUUAGGUGGUGGAGCCGGGACACGACUUUUUCCACUUACUGGAAGAAGAGCUAAGCCGGCCGUACCAAUUGGGGGAUGUUAUAGACUGAUAGAUGUCCCCAUGAGUAAUUGUAUCAACAGUGGAAUUAACAAGAUAUAUAUCCUUACCCAGUUCAAUUCUCAAUCUCUCAACCGACACAUUGCUCGAACAUAUAAUUUGGGAAAUGGUGUGAAUUUUGGUGAUGGUUUUGUGGAGGUAUUAGCAGCCACCCAAACGCCAGGUGAAUCAGGGAAGAAGUGGUUUCAGGGUACAGCAGAUGCUGUAAGACAGUUCAUCUGGUUGUUUGAGGAUGCUAAGCAUAGGAACCUUGAGAACAUUCUCAUUUUGUCGGGUGAUCAUCUCUAUCGAAUGGAUUAUAUGGACUUUGUGCAGCAUCACAUUGAUUCAGGUGCUGAUAUAUCAGUUUCUUGUCUUCCCGUAGAUAACAGUCGUGCCUCGGAUUUUGGGUUGGUGAAGAUUGAUGAAACAGGAAGGAUCAGGCAGUUUCUAGAGAAACCCAAGGGUGAAAGUUUGAGAUCUAUGCAAGUAGACACCACUAUUCUAGGACUAUCAGCUCAAGAAGCAAAGAAUACCCCAUACAUUGCAUCAAUGGGUGUAUAUCUGUUCAAGACAGAAGUUCUAUUGAAGCUUCUGAGGUGGCAUUAUCCAGAGGCCAAUGAUUUUGGGUCAGAAGUAAUUCCGAUGGCUGCAAAAGAUUUUAAUGUUCAGGCGUAUCUAUACAAUGGCUACUGGGAAGAUAUCGGGACUAUUAAAUCCUUCUUUGAUGCAAAUUUAUCCUUGACUGAUCAGCCUCCCAAGUUCCAAUUCUUUGAUCCAUCCAAACCAAUUUUCACAUCUCCUCGUUUUCUACCUCCAACAAAAAUAGAGAAAUGCCAGGUUAAAGAUUCUAUAGUUUCGCAUGGGUGCUUUUUGAGGGAGUGCAGUGUGGAACAUUCCAUUGUGGGGAUUCGUUCAAGACUGGAGUAUGGUGUGGAGCUAAAGGAUACCAUGAUGAUGGGUGCUGACUAUUACCAAACUGAGGUGGAAAUAGCAGCUCUUUUGGCACAAGGCAAAGUUCCAGUUGGCAUUGGAAGAGAUACCAAAAUUACGAAUUGUAUAAUUGACAAGAAUGCAAGAAUUGGAAAGAAUGUGAUAAUUGCAAACAAGGAUAAGGUGGAAGAGGCAGAGAGACCAUCUGAAGGAUUCUACAUUCGAUCUGGAAUUACAGUAGUAUUGAAAAAUUCAACAAUAAAAGAUGGGACGAUCAUUUAAGAUAAUUGAACAAAGAUAUGGCAAUGAGGAACAUCAGGGGUGCAUAGAUAUGUAUAUAUCACCACUUCAUUCUGUGGAGG